UUUUACUCCCUCCCCCAGGUCUGGGCUUUUUUUUUUUUUUUAAAAACAUUCCUUUCCCCACAUGCAUGCUAGCAAUCCACGGUGGGGUUCUUGGUUGUUCUUGAUGCCAAUUCAGCCGUGGCACGGAGCAGAAAGGGCAAGAAAGGAUAAAGUAGCGGGAAAGAAAAAGAGGGAAGGGGCAAAGAGGUGUAAGUUGGUUGUGCCGAAAUGUUGAUGAUGCGCUGAUGGGUGAGGAGGAGUGGGUGGGCGUGCCCUUUGCCGAAGUUCACCACGGGAAACUCUAUACCUCGGGAUAUACACAGAGGACUCUGUCUCCCCAGCUCCACCUCCUGGGCUUUUAUAAACCUCAGCCCAUCCCUACUUCUGCUUGAGGCAAAACCGGAGGCUUUAAGAUCCACAGUUAGUCCAAGAGCAAGCUUCCUCACCCCUAGCCUUCUCCAUGGCUGCUGAGCCACUGACAGAGUUGGAGGCGGCUAUUGAGACUGUGGUGAAAACCUUCUUCACCUUUGCUGGUCGGGAAGGAAAGAAAGGCAGCCUUAACGUCAAUGAAUUUAAAGAACUGGCCACUCAACAGCUGCCCCACCUCCUCAAGGGUGUGGGCUCCUUGGAUGAGAAGAUGAAGAGUCUGGAUGUGAAUCAGGAUUCUGAACUCAAGUUCCAUGAAUACUGGAGGCUUAUUGGGGAACUGGCCAAGGAGAUGAAGAAAGAGAAAGCAGCAGAGUUCCGGAAGAAGUUUUGGGGGGGAGGUUUGGGGGAGAGUAGGGGAAGGUGACGAGGUGACCCCUGUCCUCCUAAUAAAGUUGUCUUGAAAUACAA